AUGGCUUCUGGCGGCUCUGUUAUAGGUGUAAAAUACAAUGGUGGUGUUCUGAUUGCAUGUGACACACUUCUCUCGUACGGCUCUCUUGCGAAGUGGCCGAACAUCCCGCGCAUCAAACUCGUGGGUACCCACACGGCGUUGUGUGCCACUGGCGACUACGCGGACUUUCAGGAGAUGUCGGCGCAGUUGUCGCAGCACGUGGAGCGGCAGCGGCUGUACGGCGGCGGGGCGCUGACGCCGGCGGAGGUGUUGUGUUAUCUGCAGCGCCACGUGUACCACAAGCGGUCGUCCUUCGAGCCGGCGCUCUGCCGCUUCGUUCUCGCCGGCCCGCACCUCCUCGCCGGCGUGGACGACGUGGGGACGCGGUGGGAGGACGACUGCGUCGCGACCGGCUACGGCGCCCACGUGGCGCUGCCGCUCCUCCGACGGGCCAUCGCCCGCCCUGGCGGCCUCUCGCGCGACGAGGCGCUGCGGCUCGUGAAGGAGUGUCUCCGCGUGCUCUUCUACCGCGAGUGCCGCACCAUCAACCGGUUCCAGGUAGCAGACGCCACGGAGGAGGGAGUCACCAUCAGCGAACCCUUCGAGGUGGACACAAACUGGGAGUUCGAGGGGUUCUGCUUUGAAAAAACCGCCAUCAUUCGGUAG